UCCAGUCAACCUAACAAGUUCAAGAAAGUGAUCGCUCACGUGGUACUAAACAUGCCGAAACCUGACAAUCGAGUAGACAGACUCAAACCAACACAGCUGUCAAUCACAAACAGCCCUGCUGGUAAUCAUUUCCCAGGUAAAAAUUACCUCAGAGGUGUGGAAAUACAAGGAGACUUUCUUAAAGUAGCCAAGUCGGGAUUGUAUUUUGUCUACUCUACCACCAACUUAAAGCCUAGACCAGCUAGCUCUGAUGAAGGCACCCAUUAUAAGAUGAGUCGGUUUACUAUACAACUGAUGGGGCCUGAAGACACUUCAAUGCCUUUGUUCAGUUCUUCAAAUACACCAUGUGAAUUUUGCUCUGGUUAUUUUAUAGGUGGUGUAAUAAGGUUGACAGCUGGGGACAGGAUCUACGUGACCGUAUCAGGAAUAGAGUUGGAGAAUCUUGAUUACAGCUCUUCUUACCUGGGACUAGUCCUGUUGACAGAUGAGGCAUCGUGAUGUCACACGGGUAGAGACAGAUUACCUGUGUCAGACAGGUGUCAGACAGAUGUACCUGUGUAAGACAGGCGGAAUACAGAUUUACCUGUCUUAGGUGGCAGACAGAUGUACCUGUCUCAUACAGGUAACAGAAAGAUGUACCCGACUCAUACAGGUGGUAGAACGAUGUACCUGUCUCAUACAGGUAACAGAAAGAUGUACCCGACUCAUACAGGUGGUAGAACGAUGUACCUGUGUCAUAUAGACGGCAAAUAGAUUUACUUUAGUCAGGCAAUUAGAACAUCUCGCGAACAACCACACAUGGUGUUGUCCUUUACAUGUGACAACCUAAUAGUAGUUAAACUCACCCUUUAAAAAAUUGAUUUCCUGGAAGAAACAAGUUUACACUAACAGUUGAGACAACAUGUCAGCUUGACAUGCAAGUGUCAGUGACAUGACACAAUCUACAAAUGAUGCUCACCUCAGACGUAUUGUUACAAUUGUGACUCAUUUCUAAAUGUU